CAUGAGGAGGGGGUGCCAGGCCCAAAAAAGCAGCGUGUUCUGCACGUGGUGGCAGGGGGCCUGAGCCUGGGUCGGACCCCGAGGCAGCGCCGUCCUUCACAUUAUAACCUGCAGACGUCUGGACGUCAAGCAUGGGCAGAGGGUGGGGAGCUGAAAAUGGAGGCAAGAGGAAAAAGAAGGACAAGGACUUGGACGAGCUGAAGAAGGAGGUGGCCUUGGACGACCACAAAAUAUCUGUGGAAGAUGUGGGAAGACGCUACGGAGUGGACCUCGUACGGGGCCUGAACAAUGCCACAGCUGCAGAGAUUCUGGCCAGGGAUGGUCCGAACGCGCUGACUCCCCCUCCCACCACCCCGGAGUGGGUCAAGUUCUGCCGCCAGCUGUUCGGAGGCUUCUCCAUCCUGCUGUGGAUCGGUGCGAUUCUCUGCUUCCUGGCCUACAGCAUCCAGGCGGCCACCGAGGACGAGCCGGUCAACGACAACCUGUAUCUGGGCGUGGUGCUGGCAGCCGUGGUGAUCGUCACCGGUUGCUUCUCCUACUUCCAAGAAGCCAAGAGCUCUCGAAUCAUGGACUCCUUCAAGAAAAUGGUGCCACAGCAAGCGAUGGUGAUCCGAGAGGGAGAGAAGAUGCAGAUCAACGCAGAAGCUGUGGUGUUGGGAGAUCUGGUGGAGAUUAAAGGGGGGGACCGAAUUCCAGCUGACCUUCGAGUGAUCUCAUCCAGCGGGUGCAAGGUGGACAAUUCCUCUCUGACAGGAGAAUCGGAGCCACAGACUCGCUCCCCGGAGUCAACGCACGACAAUCCUCUGGAGACCCGCAACAUCUGUUUCUUUUCCACCAACUGUGUCGAGGGUACGGCCCGUGGCAUCGUCAUAGCUACCGGCGACCACACGGUGAUGGGCCGGAUUGCCACCCUGGCGUCUGAGCUGGAGGUCCGCCAGACGCCCAUCAGCAUCGAGAUCGAACAUUUCAUCCAGAUCAUCACAGGCGUGGCCGUCUUCCUGGGCGUGACCUUCUUCAUCCUGUCUCUGAUCCUGGGCUACACCUGGCUCGAGGCCGUCAUCUUCCUCAUCGGCAUCAUCGUGGCCAACGUGCCAGAGGGGCUGCUGGCUACUGUCACCGUGUGUCUGACCCUCACUGCCAAGCGGAUGGCCAAGAAGAACUGCCUGGUGAAGAACCUGGAGGCCGUGGAGACUCUGGGCUCCACCUCCACCAUCUGCUCCGACAAGACGGGCACGCUGACCCAGAACCGCAUGACCGUGGCCCACAUGUGGUUCGACGAUCAGAUCCACGAGGCAGACACCACCGAGGACCAAACCGGUCUGGCUUUUGACAGGAGCUCUGAUACUUGGGCUGCGUUGUCUCGCGUGGCCGGCCUCUGCAACAGAGCCGUUUUCAAACCGGGACAGGAGCACCUCCCCGUUCUGAUGGUAAUUAUGGUGACCGGCGAUCACCCAAUCACAGCCAAGGCCAUCGCUAAAGGUGUGGGCAUCAUCUCUGAGGGCAACGAGACGGUUGAGGAUAUCGCUGAGAGACUGAACAUCCCUCUGAGCCAAGUUAACCCCAGGUCCCAGCCAUCUCCCUGGCSUACGAGAUGGCGGAGAGUGACAUCAUGAAACGGCAACCGAGGGACCCGAAAACGGACAAGCUGGUGAACGAGCGCCUCAUCAGCAUGGCGUACGGACAGAUAGGUAUGAUCCAGGCUCUGGCUGGUUUCUUCACCUACUUUGUGAUUCUGGCUGAAAACGGCUUCCGCCCAGCAGACCUGAUAGGCAUCCGCAUCAAGUGGGACGACCGCAACUACAACGAGCUGGAGGACAGCUACGGGCAGCAAUGGACWUACGAACAGAGGAAGAUUAUCGAGUUCACCUGCCACACGUCCUUCUUCAGCAGCAUUGUGAUCGUGCAGUGGGCUGAUCUGAUCAUCUGCAAGACCAGGAGGAACUCUCUCUUCCAGCAAGGCAUGAAGAACCGGAUCCUGAUCUUUGGCCUGUUUGUUGAGACAGCCCUGGCUGCCUUCCUCUCUUACUGCCCUGGAAUGGACGUGGCCUUGCGCAUGUACCCCAUGAAGAUCCUCUGGUGGUUCUGCGCUCUACCCUACAGUUUGCUCAUAUUUGUUUAUGAUGAAGUUCGUAAAUUAAUUCUGCGGAGGAGACCCGGAG